AUGAAACGAGCUCUUCUAUCUGUAGUUCGACAACGAGCACUUGCUCUUAGUUCUGAAUCAGCAAAAUAUCUUGGAUGCAGUCAUGUUUUUGCUUUAUCAACAUCUCGACCAAUGUCGACAACAUUAACGCGUUAUGCUGCCCAAACAGCACAAAGAACACCAAAAGUAUCUAUUCCAUCGAACAUAAUAUUUGGUUUUUCAUAA